AGUAAACAUUGAAUAGUAUUGUCAAAUUUUAAGUAUGAAAAAUCAAUUAAAGUUAGGACGUCUAAAGGAAACUUACUAAAAUGUUUUAAAAAGUUGUCACACGUCUAUCGAUAUAUUGCACAUGAAUUAAAUUAUUUAAGUAAACGUACAGCCAUUGUCGUUUUCAGAAGAUACACACAAACUAUUCUUAUGUCAACAAUUUUCUUGUGUCAGUUUUUAUUAAAAAAAUUCAUAUGUAUCCUUUCACACCUGAAGAAACCGAUAGCAGCGUCAAAUGUCAAAUAGAAAAAGUCAAAACUAUGUCUGGUAAAUCACCCAAUUCUCAUAAAAAUGAGUUUUUUGUAUUUUCUGACGUAAAAACGGCUCUGCCGUCUUUAAAUUCUGCAGUAAGUACGACCAAAGAUGUUGGAAUACAAAACGGAACUGGAGGUAUAUUACUUUCAUCAGCUUUAUCCGUUGAACAUGACAAAAUGGAAGGUAUAUCAAAAUUUUCUAAUGUAGUUGCCACAAGUCGAUGUGAAGACGUUACUUUUCCUGACACUGAAACCACUAUGCCCUUGUCCGAAAUCUCACCGUCCUUGAAAAUUAAGAAAAGAGGAAAAGAACGCAGAUAUACACUAAAUAAGAAUAAGAAACAGAAAGACAAAAAGUGUGAUGAAAAAGAUGACGACUGGAUAGAUGAUUGCAUGUACUAUACUCUACAAUGCUGUGAGUGUAUUAUUAUAUGAUCUUAUUGUUCAGUUGGUAGUUGUAAGAGAAAAGUUUGUCUUUAGUCAAUUCUGUUAAAUAUUUCAAUGAUGUAAGCUUUCGUUUUGUAGUAAAUAAAAUAUUAAAGCCAAGUA